CUUGGACUGAGUAUUGUACAUGUUCUUCCACCAAUAUUAUCUACCACUGUUCGCAGCUCCCAAAAGGCAUUGAUCGGUCUUUCAACAAGUUCUUCUGUCACAGCACUCACUGACCACAAAUGUCUUGAACUUUUCUCUGUUGAAUUUGUUCACUUUGCUUUGACCAUGAAAUUAGUGUAUC